CGUCAACGGCACUCUGGCAGCUGGAUGGUGCCCAAGGACUUUACUGUGGUAGCCGUUUCAUAGAAAACCAAAAAGCAGCUCCCUCCGAAGCACGUUUGCGCCUGCGUGUCGCUCCCGAUCCACGUGCAGCCAGAGAGGAGGACCGCAGCGUGUUGUCGACGCUUUGCGCUGUGGCCUGGGAAGGCCGCUUUGGUGCAGCCUUUCUCUUAGCAUUCCCUUUGGAUGCUGCAGGCGCAGCGCUCUUGGAAGAUCGACUUUAGAAAGACUGUGAAGGCACGAGAAAGUCAAACAGCGGAGCUUUUGGGCGCGAUCUUUUCGUGUGGAUGUUCUUCGUAACGUCACAGCAGGCCGAAUGUCCAUGACCCCAAAGCAGAUUAGAACAGGUCUGUGUACACUCGAGAGGACCGACUGCCGUGUUCAUGUUGAUCAAAGUUGAUCAAGGUGAUCAACAUCCCCAACCCCGAAGAAAACGCAAGACACAUGCCACAUUUGAGGAAUUAAGAAAGGCUUGUACAGGAGCUCCGAGUUAUUCACCAAAGGGAAAUCGAUGAUAUCACCUUGAAAGUUGGAGACCCACCAACCGGAUCCAAGGGCUCAGGAUAUACACUGUUCACAUGGAAGGAACCCGUUUGACAUGUGUCUUUGGAUCACUUGGCCUUUUUGGCCUUUUUCUUGGAAGCCUUGGCACUCUUGGCCUUUGGCUUCGCUGCGCCGCUAUUGCAGUGAGUCGAACCCUCACCCUCAUUCUUACCCUUGUUCUACUUACUUUUUGGCCAAAUCCUCGGCCCAGCUAUAUUGGUUUAACAAAUUGACAAGAUAUAUGGCAAACAGCCUUUCUCCCCAAUUGGCGAAGUCCGGUUGCAUUGACAAAAUGCUCCACAAAAUCGGACUUAAUCCUUUUUUGAAUAUCGAUUCCCCAUGGACUAAGUCGGGGUGCAAGAACAAAGGAACAGAUUUAAGUUAUAUUCAUGGUAUUUGAAUCUAAUUUUAAAGUAUUUGGGUCUGAUGAUUGUGUGGUAAGAGGGGUGGGACAGUGGGUGGGGGGAGCUGCUGGCGGCGCCGCGGAAAGCUGCUGUGUGAAGGCGGCUGCCUGGAGAAGGACUCUUGUUUUGGCACAGCAGCUUGCGGCCUCUGGACUUCAUGCCCAGCCACCUGAAAGUCAACCGUUCCUGCGCGCUCGAUCUGGUGCAUCACAUCCCGGAGGCUGGUCUCUCUACAUUGGGCAUUCUUCGCUGCCAAAUAGGUGGUGCGUCCACUGCCUUCGCCAGGAAAGGGUCCGCCUGCUGAUGAUUGGCACUGCUUGGCCUGAGCGUGCCAGAGCGGUUGGAGCCAAUGCCAAGCAGGGAUGCUCCGGGGCAAACAAUCUCCGGGAAGACGAUGAGGAGGCUCGGCAGCUUCUGGUUGGAAGAGGGUCCGGGCACAAAGCUUGCGUCCGUCAAUCAGAGGAGCUUCUCCCGCCCUGUGAAGACCCGCUUCAACUGUCUGGCGCUCGGGCUCCCGAACAUUUGUGGCAACAGCCUGGAAAUGGAAAGGUGCUUCUUGCAGUGCUCCUCUCCGAAGAUGGAGGAUUUCAACCAAGCAUGGCUUUGGCCUACAAGGUGGUGUCCCUACCCCAUUUGGGGAUGUCUCUGGAGAUCGGGGCGGUGUACACCACCGCCGAACUGGAGCUGCGCUGUGGGGGCACGAAAGCACGGCAGCGGCAGCUGGCAAAGAAGUUGGAGAAUGGGAAGGUCUUCAAGCCGGUCUCUCUGCAUGCAGCGCUCAACAGGAAGCGCAAGCGCACCGGUUCACAGCCGCAGUGGGUGCGCCCACCACAAGCCCGACAUGGUCGGGCUGUGGACGAGGAUCCGGGGAGGCGCCGACGGAUCGCGGAGCGCCUGGCCGGGCAACUGCUGGAGAAAAAGCAGUUGCUCGAUGCAGAUUUGCUGCUGGUACUGAAAGCAUGGGCGACACACGAGAACAAGAUCCGCAAGAAUGUGAAGCGUGACGGGCAAGCGGUCUACAGCGACACCUUCGGCCUGGUCAACAAAAGGACCGCCAAGAAGGCGGUGUUGACGUCUUUGUCGAAGAGGUUCCCAAACAUGACUCGGCUCCUCACGAAGUGGUUGCGGCAGAAGACGAGCACCUUCCCGUUCACCUCGAUUUCCCUCAACAUCAAUUACCGCGCCAAAAGGCACAGAGACAAGAACAAUAGUGGACCCUCUGCCAUUGCGGCCGUCGGGCCGUUCCAGGGCGGCGAGCUGCUCUACUGGCCGCGUGAUGACAAGAGCAGCAAGGUGGAGACGCUACAAAAGAAAGAUGCAAAGGUGCUGAACAUCAAGAAGAAGAUGCACUUCUUCGAUGGCACUUGUGCUCACGAGGUGAGACCCUUUAGAGGAGGGGAACGCUUUUCUUUGGUCUACUUCACUGUGAGCAGCUUCUGCAGUGCCAGCAAAGCAGUGCGUCGAGCGUGGGCUCGCGCCACCGGCGAGCGCGACGUGCCGACAGCACAAAGCUUGCAGAAGGCAAUGGCCAGGUACUGCGUCAAGAAGGCUGAGCUGAAACAGGAGCAACCGAUCGCGACCGACGCCAUGGCGCCACACGGCGCCACACUGCUCGACUGCUCGGAUGAGCGUAGCGAAACAGCGUUCGACGAGCGUUCGAUCCAUCAGGAGGCAAAGGAGAGCCCUUUCGAGGUGGUACCUUUGGCACGGGACCAGUUCCUCUGCUGCGCUGAACAUUUGCCAGUCCGAACGCCCAUGGUGGAAGAUGCAGGUCGGGGAUCCUACUUUGCAGAGUCGGUCACAAAGGCGCCGCGAGAGGCGGAUGAGUACUCCAAGGAAGAAGACGGCCUCUACACGGUCGAGUUCUUGGAGGGCGCGUCAAAUACACCGCUGACAGGAGUGUCGCCGAGCAGCGCUGCUCGGGAGUCCGACUGUAUCCUGGGCGACCGGAUCAAGAUCUCCGGCACCUAUCGGGAGUUCAUCGUGCCGGGGAGCCUGGACUACUGGAGUGGACCUGGUGGGCGAGCUGCGAAGUACAUUAUCAAGUACAAGCGAGGAGAGCUCUUCAAGCGCACGGAACGCGGCUUCCGCGAGGCCUUCGCGAGCAACCCCGCUUCAGUGCUGGAUGUGCUGCAGGAAGAGCGCGAGAUCCAUUGCACCGUAGUAUUCAAGCAAAAGCAGUGGGCCGCCACCGUGGACAAUAGCGGCUACACGCUGGUCGACCUCCCGGGCCGCCGUCGCUUCCUGCGGAACGCCGUCGCGGGAUUGGCGCAGGCCGAUGGUGCGGUGCUACUGGUGCCGGCCGAUGAGAUGUUCCCUUGGUCGAUCUGCAAGGCCAAUGGCUAUGGUGGGCAGCCGGAGGGUGGAUCGCGUCAGCACAGCAGACUGCUUCACCUGCUUGGGGUGACCCAGUUGUGCGUCCUGGUGAAUAAGAUGGAACUGGUUCCGGUACCGGAGCAACCCAAGCGUUUCCAGGAGAUCCUCGAACGCACCAAGCUGAUGUUGCUGAAUACUGGAUGGAAAAGAGACUUCAUUGAAGAUAAGGUGGCCAUUUUGCCCGUGUCCGCGAGGAAUGCCACGAACAUCAUCAGAGACACCAACACCUUUGCUUGGUGGACUGGGCAGCAAGUCUAUGGAGCUUCUGGACCUGUUGAUGUUCACAGUCUUUAUGAUGUUUUGCAUCAUCUUUUUCACCCUCCAGAGCCAGAGAACUUGCUGCCCAUGCACAUGAUGGUAUCGAACUCUUGGUACCUCCCUGGCUGUGGCCAAGUGGUCGUGGGACGUAUCGAUCAAGGCACCCUGAAGCCAGGUGAUCGGGUGGCCUUUCUGGGACAUCAGGGGCUCGUCCAGUGGGACUUCGGACGUUCCGGAAGCCUCGUGCUGGGCAUUCAGAUGUAUCGAAGAUGGCUGGAGAGCGCCCAAGCGGGUGAUGUGGUGGGUCUUUGUGUCUCGAAUGCCUUCUUCCCCAGUCCAGAACGAGGCCAAGUGGUGAUGAAAGUCUCUGAGAUGCCAGCUCCACUUAUGCUCUUUCAAGCGCAAGUGGGCUUAACUGGCCCGCUGCCCAUCCGCUUGGGCAACGUGUCGUUGGCUUGUGGAAAGUGCAGUCGUGCUCCUUGUCGUUUAGUGGAGAUCCUUUGGAAGAUGAAUAAGCAGACGGGAGGCCAAAAGGCGGGGCUCCACCCUCAGAAAUAUGAGCUGAGAGUGAAGACGAGCAUAGUGAAACCAGCGCUGUGCCCCACCUAGCGGCCCGUAGCGAGUUCGCAAUUCAAUCUUCAGAGCUCAAUUUGUUCAAUCACGUCAUAACUCCAACUCCUUGAAACGUGCUUCUCCCGUACAAGAGCCAAAGUACAUCAUAGAUCAUCAUAGUACAUCAGCAUAUAUACACAUACUUUGACAGAUGGACAUGUCAUACCUGGCCGCUUUUGGCCGAACAACUGUUUUUUCUGGCGCGCAGUUCCAGGCCGCAGAGAUCUGUGGAACGGUCCGAGUGGUCGCAGCGGAACGAACUUUCGUUCCGUGGAACGUAUCCGACGGUUCCUCAGGUGGAAAAGCCCCAGGAACUUCGACCACAUGACAUGGCACUUUGCACCUUUCAGCCCCUGAGGCCUUUCUUCUGUGACACCUAUACAUCGCCUUGCAGCAAGCUGUCACGCGUGGCGUUUCUGGAAUCCAACUUUGUGAUGAUGGUGGGCAAGGUAGUGACUUGUGUGCGGAGGGAUGAGUACAAUGACAAGGGUGGGAAGAAGAAGUGAACAUUAAAUGGACACUUAAAUGGACAAAGCAAGUACGUAUGAUGGGCUUCAUCAAGGGCGCCUUGUAAAUGGCCGGCCUGCUUUCUUCAUGCCCCCUUGUCAUUGUGCGAAGAGGUGAGCUGCGCAGAUGACCGCGACGAAGAGCCGGGCGGUGUAUGCCUUCACGGAGGGUUGGGCUAGCCAGCGGUAGCUUAACCAGGUCCUUUUGAUACUGAGCAUGUGUUGGAGCUGAAAGUGUCCAGGGCUUGCCGCCGUUUGUUCAAUGUUUUGAGCAACUCAGAGUAGCGGCUUGGGCUGAAGCCUGCGUCAGCCUGCAUCGUCCUGGCUGGACGGGAGUGGGUAAACAGUGGAGGCUUGCUGAUCGCUUUGGAGUACCACUGGGAGGCCACUGCCAUGGCUGGCUGUAGGUGAAUUUCAGUUGAUUUCAGCUAUUGGGCAUGUUGCUAAUCAAUCACAUUUGUUGAAGCUGUCCAAUGCUCUCAGCAUGUAGAAUGUAGAGUGCACAGUGCCGUCACAUCUUCUUGGCCUGCGCCCCUCCCCUUAAUCAAGGGGAGUGAUUCUAGAUUGCCCUCCUGAUUCUGUUUGCAGUUUGACACCGAGCAUCCAAAAGAUGCAUAAAGAUGCAACCAGAAAAUAGAAAGAACAUCUCUAGGGACUGGACAAGGGUCCGAUAAAAGGAAUUAUCGAUGAUCAUAGAUGUAGUUGCUUCCUCUUUGGAUGAUUCUUCAAGUGAAAAUUGCAACAGAAG